AGCAUCCACCGCCGGGGACACCGCUCCCCGCCACCGCCCGCCCGUCCGCCCCUCGCUAAGUGCUGUAGAAGCUGGACGCGGUUCAAACUUGGAAGGCGGCCGAGUCUAUGGUGUUUGCGGGCUGCCGUGCUAUCGAUGCGAGCAGAGAGCAUGCGUGGCAGCUGUUCUUCGGGUGAUGCACCUGACCAGAGUAGCUGCCGAUGCAUUCGGUGUCGUCACCAUUGCACUGUUUGCGCUCCUCGCUGCUCUCGGCCUCUUCUGCAUCUGCCUCUCCAUCUACUUCUGGUUUCGGAUCCGGAGAGGGGUCUUGCUCCCGCUCGGCUACUUUAACGGCCCCUGGGUCACUCGCAUUGCCCUCAUCCUCAUCACCAUCUGGUGGGGAGUCGGGGAGAUCGUGAGGUCGAGCUUCUUGAAGAGGAAGUUGUUCGCCAGCGCAGAGUGGCAGAAGAUCGCAUGUGACGCCUACAUCCUUUCCAAUCUAGGGUUUGCGGAACCAUGCAUCUUCUUCGUGUUUGCUUUCCUCCUGCAUGGCUCCUUACAGAAGAGGGAGUCGGGCACUCUGAACCAAAGAUGGAACUUGAAGACCAUUGGCUACAUGCUGGUUUUCUGCGUCCCGGUUUUCUUCGUCCAGGCCCUUCUCGUGUUUGUCGGGCCUACCUUUGUUAAGGAUGAGAACAGUGAGAAUGGAAGGAGGAAGAUUGCCAAGUACUUCAUUCGGACGUCCAUGCCGGUUGGGGAUACCAAUGUCUGCACCUAUCCAUUGUUUGGCACCAUUUUUCUGGGACUUAUAGAUGUCAUCCUGAUGAGCUAUGUCUCCUAUGUUGGAUCUCGGGUCUUAUCCUUGGUCAUCAACAAGGCGCUGCGAAGGAGGGUUUCUUUGCUGAUAAUAUCGGUGCUUUUCUUCCUUCCGAUCAGGGUGAUCCUUCUUGGGUUUUCAGUCAUGCCCCAUCCAGGAGAUAUAGCGUUCGAGGUCAUCAUCUUCUUGUCAUUCUUGAUGAUGCUGUCCUGCACAACAGUUGGGAUACUCUUGCUGGUAUACUUCCCAGUCGCAGAUUCACUGGCACUCCGGAAGAUACGCAACAGGGAAAUGCCAGUAGAGAUGGUGCCAUAUGAUGAUUACUACUAUGAAGGCUCGUCGCUUGUGGCGCACCAGAGCUUCCGAGAAAUCGAGCGGAACUCUGACACGUCAACAAAGCGUGGCUCCAUAUCCUUCCGCACAAUGAUCAGGGAAGACCAACUUCCGCAGGAUGGUGUGGAUGAAAUCGGGUUCUCCUCCCGCAGCGGCAUCCAAAUUGGAUCAUCCUCACCUUCAGGUUCUUCACCGAGUGCUGCCAUGCUACCUCUCAAGGAAGUCCCUAGAUACUAAGUAGUGUUCACAUGUGGCUUUGGCCCCUUCUACUAUGUGAUCUUCCUUUCCUCUUCUUCCUCUCACCUACCUUAAUGAUAACAGUUUUGUGGCAAUCAAAAGGUUUUUUGUAAAGUUUUCAAGUAGCAAGACUCAUCCAUUUAGAUCAGUUUGUCUAGUUCCAACUUAUGAAUGUAGCAAGUAGCUAGAUCUUGCAAAAAAAUGCUAAGCAAGCAGCUGUGCGUGCACCUGGCAUUGGCUGGCAGAGGAUGAGUUGGAGUUCACUUUUGGUUGGUUUGCUUGA